AGUGUCAGUGACUACAAGAUGAGCAGAUACGACCGAGCGAUCACAGUAUUCUCACCAGACGGCCAGCUCCUGCAAGUGCAGUAUGCUCAAGAAGCAGUAAGGCGUGGUUCUGCAGCUGUAGGUAUAAGGGGAGACAACGUGAUAGUCCUCGCUGUGGAGAAGAAGUCAGUAGCGAAACUACAAGACGAGCAGACGGAGAAGAAGAUAGUGAGUCUGGAUGAACACGUUGUGUUAGCAUUUGCUGGCUUGAGGGCUGACGCUAGAGUAUUAAUAUCUAGAGCUCAAAUAGAAUGCCAGUCACAUCGUCUGACCGUUGAAGAUCCUGUAACAAUUGAAUACAUAACGAGGUAUAUAGCUGAAAUGAAACAACAAUACACUCAGAAUAAUGGGAGAAGACCGUUUGGUAUAUCCUGCCUUAUUGGCGGAUUUGAUUACGACGGCAAUCCUCAUCUAUUCCAGACGGAACCUUCUGGAAUUUACUACGAGUGGAAGGCCUGUUCAACAGGCAGAUGUGACAAGACAACAAGAGAAUUUCUAGAACAGAACUACACACCAGGACUUGUGGCUACUGAUAAGGGGGCCAUAAAGCUGGCAAUCAGAUCACUGCUAGAGGUGGUGCAAUCUGGACAGAGGAAUUUAGAUUUGGCCGUUAUGAAAAGAUCGCAGCCAGUUCAAAUGCUAGAACAAGAAGUUAUUCAUUCAAUCGCUCGUGAAAUAGAGAAAGAAAACGAGGACGCUGAAAAACAGAAGCAAAACUAGUGCUUACUACAGCCUACCAUUUAUAGAUGCUAUAACGUUAUUUAUAUUUUUAAUAAUUAUUUUGAUUAUAUUACAACUGCAGAAGGAUACAAUUGUAUUUGUGUAUUAUAAAUCUGACUCCACAUCUCAUUCAGGAAGGUAUAUUACUAUUAAAUAUCUAGAACUUUGUAGCUAUGUUAUUACUGUUUUUAAAUGUUUUUGAAUG